UUUCACCACACCCUUUGACCUAUGACUCACACCAAUAAGAUCGUUUCUCUUCAGUGUAAACGGAAGUGAACAGUGACAAAGAACAAUUUCCACGUUAACAUUGUUAUUUAGAUGUGUAUUAACACCCUGGACCUCAAAAUAUGACUCGUUUAACUGUACAGCAUCACAUACUUACCCCAGGUAGUGUUUAAUUUGCGUUGGAGACAGGGCUUGGUUGAUAUAUGUUAUAUAGGUAACGCUGCUGACGUUAGCUAACUGUAACGUUAUGAUUUUUCACACUCAAAUAGCCUCCAUCAUGGAGGUGCUAGCGAAUGCAGCCGUGGCAGAGAUCUGUAAACUCGUAGACGACGACUAUGCUGUGUUUCGUUUGGAAAUAAGUCAAAGCCAGAAAGAAAUCGUCGCAUUGCGGAGGAAACUACAGCUACUAGAACUGAAGGUGUCACCGGAGCGCGCAGAGAGAACAAUGCGAGAGCGCCUCCUCGCCAGUCGUCCCAGAAGUGUCAAGAUCCUCGACCGAUACAAAGGAAUGGCAAGAGGUGAAGGACAUCUCACUGGAGCCUACAGGAGCUUUGGGAAGCCAGCGGGACACAAUACAUGGAGAGAUAACCAGCCAAUCACCGUUGAUGAGGGGAGAGGAACCUCAACCCAGCAUGUUAUCAUGAUAGAGUCUGCAGAUGUAGAGGCGGCAGGUCCUGGAGGAUCAUCUCUGGUCAAGCAGGAAAGGUCUGAAGAGGAGGUGGACCCACGACACAGCAGAGACAUCCAGACUGGAGCAGCAGCUGUAGUUGCGCCCCUUGUUGCCAUGGAGGACCACGCGACCGCCGUGCAGCCCAGGACCCGACGCAGCAUCACAGAGGUCAAUGGAACGCUGAAUGCCAUCGUCAAGUCAGACACAGAGACUUUAACUGUAACACAAAGGCUCUUACACACAGGAUCUGACCACAGAUCAGACCCAGAGAGACUGGGGCCGGGGCCACUGGGCUGUCCUCCUGCUCCCGGCUCAGAAUAUUUACUUUCCGGUAACCCAAGCCCGAGGACGGCUCAUUCCCAUCGGGACUCAGGUGACGCAUUAGAGACUGGCAAUAAUCCGUCUUGUUCUUACACUACAGAGAUGGACCCUUGCAACAUGACCUUGGAUUUAGAGACCCAGACUGAUCUGUCUAGAGGGGAUUGGAACCAGUACAGUAGUAGUGUAUACUCCGAAAGGUGCUUAGAUAAGAAAGGGGAGGGUUUGGUCGUAGAUGAAAUGACUGUGAAAGUGGAGGGCGACAUUUCUCCCACAUGGAAUGCAGAUAGUGACCUAAGAGACGGACACUCACAGGGCAGAGAUUUCUUAGAUUACAGGGAAUGCUUAGAAACGAAUCCAAAUGUCACGACCCACUCCCCUUUACUCGCUCUCAGAGAUCGCGACUUAGUGUCUUCAUCGAUGGGGCCUUCCGAUUCACACAACUGCCUUUUUGAUCACGUAUUGAACUCAAACGACAGGGCUAGAGCCCAGACUCAGGGAGGAGGAGCCACAUCAGGCAAUAGUAAAGAGAAACGGUUCCUCUGCAUGUUCUGUAGCAAAGGCUUCAGCUGCCCCAAAAAAGUGAAGAUCCACCAGAGGAUCCACACAGGGGAGAAACGCUUCAGGUGUACCCAGUGUCACAUGCGCUUUGCCCAGGCUGGUGACCUGAAGAGGCACCAGAGGGUCCACACAGGGGUGAAACCCUUCAGCUGUACCCAGUGUCAUAUGCGCUUCGCCCAGGCUGGCCACCUGAAGAGGCACCAGAGGGUCCACACAGGGGAGAAACCCUACAGCUGCCCCCAGUGUGAGAAGAGGUUCUCCCGCCAGGACCAGCUGAAGAUGCACCUGAAGGUCCACAUGGGAGAAAAGCUGUUAGCUUGUACGCACUGAGCUACCUCAGGAUACACCAGCAGAAAAACCAUUCCACUAUAUAACAUAGAAAGUAACCGUUCUACUCUAUAGCUUCUGACGUUUAGAUCAAACCCUGCAUUGAGGGCAAAGAUUAAUUUUCAUUGUUGUCCGCAGAAAAGAUCGACAGACGCGUUUGGAGUAACGGGAGUAACAUAUUUCGGUGUUGAAUAUUCCUGGGUAGAAUAUUGCAUCCAGACAUUGUGUGAUUUAUAAGGCAUAUAUAAGCCUAGAAAGUAAAAUCUAAUUGUAUUUGUCACAUGCUUCGUAAACAACAGGUAUAGACUAACAGUGAAAUACUUACUUACGAGUCCUUUUCCGACAAUGCCGAGUUAAUGAGAAAAAAUGAAGAAAAAAAAUAGAAAGUAAUAAGAGUAAAAAAUAGACCGAGAAUAACAAUGAUGAGUUAAAACAACAUGGCUAUAUACAGGGAGUGCCAGUACCAAGUCGAUGUGCAGGGGUACGAGGUAACUGAGGUAGCUAUGUACAUAUAGAUAGGUACUAGGCCUUACAAAAAAAUUGUAUGUGGGGUACAGAGAUGGGGUAGUCCUUUAAAAAUCAUGUUAAACACUAAUAUUGCACACAGUGUCCAUGCAACUUAUUGUGUGACUUGUUAAGCACAUUUCUUUUGUCGUGAACUUAUUUAGGCUUGCCAUAACAAAAUGGUUGAAUACCUAUCGACUCAAGACAUUUAAGCUUUUCAUUUUUCAUUAAUUUGUAAACAUUUCUAAAAACAUAAUACCAGUUGACCAAGCGGUGAUGCAUGCAGCCAGAUCAGCUCCUUUGUCUUGCCAACGUUGAGAGAGGGGCUGUUAUCCUGGCACGACACUGCCAGGUCUGUGACCUCCUCCCUAUAGGCCACCGUUGUGUCGUCAGCAAACUUAAUGAGGAUGUUAGAGUAGUGUACGGCAGUUGUGGGUGAACAGGGAGUAAAGGAGGGGACUAAGCACGCACCCUUGAGGGGCCCCCGUGUUGAGAUCAGUGUGGCGAAUGUGUUGUUGCCUACCCUUCUGGUUGGGAUACGUACGUACGGUCAUUGUGGGGACGAUGUCGUUGGUGCACUUAUUAAUGAAGCUGGUGAUCAAUGUGGUAAACUCUUCAAACAGUCCUGUAGGAUAGCAUCCGCUUCAUCGGACCACUUCCGGGACCACUUGCACUGGUACUUCCCAUUUGAGUUUUUGCUUGUAAGCAGGAAUCAUGAGGAUAGCGUUAUGGUCAGAUUUGCCAAAUGGAGGGUGAGGUCGAGUUUUGAUGCGUUUCUGUGUGUUUUGAUGUGUUUCUGUGAGUCGAUAGGUAUUCAACCAUGUUCUAGAGUUUUUUUUCGCCUUUAGUUGCACAGGUGACAUGCUGGUAGAAAUGAGGUAAAACAGAAUUCAGUUUCACUGCAUUAAAAUCACUGGCCACUAAGAGUGUUUUUUUAUAGUAUUUUCUUGUUUGCUUAUGGCCCUAUACAGUUUGCAUCGGUUUGUACUUAGACAGCUACAAAAAAUACAGAUGGAAAUUCUCUUAGUAAAUAGUAUGUUCUACAGCUUAUCAUGUGGUAUUCUAGCUCAGGCGAGCAGAACCUUGAGACUUCCUUAAUAUUAGAGAUCAGGCAUCAGCUGUUGUUAACAAAGAGACACACACACCUCCCCCUGAGUUUACCCAAAGCUGCUGUUCUGUCCUGCUGAUGCAUAGAAAAACCAGCCAGAUGUAUAUUGUCCUUGUUCAACCAGGACUCAGAGAAACAUAGGAUAUUACAGUUCUUCAGGUCCCGUUGAUAGGAUAGUCUCGAACAGAGCUCGUCCAGUUUGUACUCCAGUGAUUGUACGUUCGCCAAUAGAACGGAGAGUAGAUGCGUUUUUUUCACUCGGCGACGCAGAUUUGUCAGGGUGCCCGCAAGUCAGCCUCGCUUUCACCGCCACCUCUUUCUCCUCGCAGUCUCUGUUUCAUGGAAAUAUGGCUCUCUGUGGACAUGCUGUCGGAGUUGGUACAGCCACCAGGAUUCUUUGUGCGUAGCUCCGACAGGAAUUACCAUCCCUCCGGGAAGAAGAAGGGCGGGGGUGUAUGUUUCAUGAUUAACGAGUGGUGUAAUUGUAACAACAUACAGGAACUCAAGUCCUUCUGUUCACCUGACCUAGAAUUGCUUACAAUCAAAUGCCGGCCGAUACCACGACAGUCCUCAAGGAUCUCCACUGGACUCUAUGCAAAAUGGAAACCAUAUAUCCUGAGGCUGCAUUUAUUGUAGCUGGGGACUUUAACAAAGCAAAUUUGAGAACAAGGCUACCUAAAUUCUAUCAGCAUAUUGAUUGUAGUACCCGGGCUGCAAAACACUGGAUCACUGCUACUCUUACUUCUGGGAUGCAUACAAGGCCCUCCAUUCGGCAAAUCUGACCACGACUCCAUUUUGCUUCUCCUCUCCUAUAGGCAGAACUCAAACAGGAUGUACCCGUGACAAGGACCAUUCAACGCUGGUCUGACCAAUCGGAAUCCACACUUCAAGAUUGUUUUGAUCACGCGGACUGGGACAUAUUCCGGGAAGCCUCAGAGAAUAAUAUUGAUUUAAACGCUGAUUCUGUGAUUGAGUUUAUAAGGAAGUGCAUAGGAGAUGUUGUACCCAUUGUGACUAUUAAAACCUACCCUAACCAGAAACCAUGGAUGGUGGCAUUCGUGCAAAACUGAAAGCGCGAACCUACGCAUUUAA